AUGGGGCUCGCUCACCUGGCCCCUUUCCUCCUGGGGCUCUUGUCCCUGGACUGUCCCGCUCGGGCUGUCCCGGUCCAGUCCCAGGAGCCAGUGGUCCUCUCCUUCCCUGGGGAGCUGGUCAGCAAGAUGACAGACGUGGAGCUGGCAAACAGCUACCUCCAGCGUUAUGGAUAUUUCCAAGAAAAUGAGAUUCCGGGAGGCGGCGGUCAGGUGACCCUGGCCUCUGCUCUCAAGAAGAUGCAGCAGCGGCUGGGCCUGAAAGAGACCGGGCAGUUGGACGCCUCAACCGUGGAUGCCAUGCGAGCUCCUCGCUGCGGAGUGCCGGACGUUGGCGGCUUUGCAACUUUCCAGGGAGACCUCAAGUGGGACCACAACGACAUCACGUACCAAGUGCUGAACUACUCACCUGACCUGGACCCCUCCAUCAUCGAGGAUGCCUUCCAAAGGGCCUUCAAGGUGUGGAGUGACGUCACACCCCUCACUUUCACGCGCAAGGAGAGCGGGAAGGUUGACAUUGAGAUCCGCUUUGGAACUGAAGAACAUGGUGACGGCUACCCCUUUGACGGCAAGGACGGGCUCCUGGCCCACGCCUUCCCUCCAGGCAAAGACCGAUUUAGCGGAGACGCCCACUUUGACGAUGAUGAAUUUUGGACUCUGGGCACCGGGAGUGUGGUGAAGACCUUCUAUGGGAAUGCCAACGGGGCUCUCUGCCACUUCCCCUAUGUCUUCGAGGGAAAGUCCUACUCCACGUGCACCACAGACGGGCGCUCUGACGGCGUGCCCUGGUGUGCCACCACUGCCAGCUUUGACAAGGACAAGCUCUACGGCUUCUGCCCCAGCGAACUCCUGUACACGUACGAAGGGAACAGCGACGGAGAGAAGUGUGUCUUCCCCUUCAUCUUCGAGGACAAAUCCUAUGACGGCUGCACCACAGAGGGGCGCUCUGAUGGCUACCGCUGGUGCGCAACCACCGACAACUUUGAUCGCGACAAGAAAUACGGCUUCUGCCCCACCAGAGACUCUGCUGUCAUCGGCGGGAACUCCCCGGGCGAGCUGUGUGUCUUCCCUUUCACCUUUCUGGGCCAGAUGUACAGCGCCUGCACAUCCGAGGGGCGUAGUGAUGGGAAGCUCUGGUGCGCCACCACCAGCAACUACGACACGGAUAAGAAGUGGGGCUUCUGCCCUGACAAAGGGUACAGCCUCUUCCUGGUGGCGGCACACGAGUUCGGCCACUCGCUGGGACUGGAACACUCCAGCGUGCAGGAAGCCCUGAUGUAUCCCAUGUACAGCUACAUUGCGGAUUUCCACCUGCACUCAGAUGAUGUGGCCGGUAUCCAGUUCCUCUAUGGUUCUGGGACUGGGCCCAGCCCCCCCACCCAAAGGCCUGAUGUGCCCACCCAAAGGCCCGAUGUGCCCACCCAAAGGCCCGACGUCCCCACCCAAAGGCCCGACGCCCCCACCCGAAGCCCCGACGUCCCCACUCGAACCACCACAGAGCCUGAUGACACAUCCACCUCGGACGAGGACGACUCGGUGACAGCGUCCACCCCAGUGGAGCCCACGAGCGAGGCCUGCCGAGUCCAGGGCUUUGACGCUGUGACUGAGAUCAAGAAGGAGCUGCACCUCUUCAAGAAUGGGCAAUACUGGAAGAAGCUGGCGGGGGGAGCGGGGCCGAUCAAAGGCCCCCUGAGGAUCCAGGACACCUGGCCAGGCCUCCCAGACGUGAUCGAUGCUGCCUUCCAGGACAAGCUGACCAAGAAGCUCUUCUUCUUCUCUGGCCAGCGCUUCUGGGUGUACCAGGGGACAAGAGUUUUGGGCCCACGGAGCAUUGAGAAGCUGGGCAUCGGCAGAGACGUGCUGAAGAUCUUUGGGGCUCUACCAAAAGGCCGUGGCAAAGUUCUGCUCUUCAGUGGAGACAGGUUCUGGAGGCUGGACGCCAAGGCGGAGCGGGUGGACCGAGGCUACCCAAAACGCACCGACGACGUUUUUGCGGGGGUUCCUCUUGACUCACAGAACAUCUUCUCGUACCAAGGCAAGUACCUCUUCUGCCAGGACCCCUUCUGCUGGCAAAUGACCCCACAAUACCAAGUGGACAAGGUGGGCUACCUGAAGUAUGACAUCUUGAACUGUCCUGAACAGUAG